ACCUGGCGGGUCUGGCAGCGCCCUCUCCACCCCCUCCCCCCGCAGCAUGCUCUCCCCCUCGUCCCGCCCUUCCCCCCGCCCCUCCCCCCAUGGCGGAUUGACCUCUCCUUCCCCCCGCGGCCUAUCGUCCCCCUCCCCUCGCUCCGUCCACUCUCCGUCUCCACGAGCCUAUGGGAGAACAGGACUCGCUCUGCCGUCUCCUCACGCUCAUCCCCCAUCGGGUCCUUCUCCCCACCCAUCCUCCUCGGGUAAUCCACCCCACCCAUCCGCCUCCGCACGGCCUCCCCGGUCCCGAAGCAGCAGCCCGUGUCCACGUCUGCCCAACAGCCCACUCCAUCCCCGCGGGAGUGCUGCUGCUGCUGCUGCUGCUGCUGCCUCCCAUCCGCCUGCUGCUCCGUCCUUUGACCCGGUUGACCCAGCUGAGCCAGUUAGCUCAAUUAAUCCAGACUCCAAGAAAGGUGCCAGCUCCAUCCUCGCAAAUUGUCAGCCUCAGCUUCAGCAGCAGCAGCAGCAGCAGCAGCAGCAGUGGGAGGAGCAGGUGGCAGAAGAAUUGCAGGAUGGGAGAGGAGGGCAGCAGCAGCAGCAGCAGCAGAUGCCCCAGGUGCCACGGGUGCCACAGAUGCCGCAGAGAAUAGUGCAGCAGAUCUUACCAUCCGCUGCGGACCUAGAACCAGUCAUGCCCGCAUACUCCAGCCAAUCACUGUGGGGCUUUGUAGCAGAGAUCGACGGCCCAGAUGCGUUCGCUGGAGGCGUGGGCACAGAGGAGGAUGACGCUGCUAGUGGCGGGGGCUUCCAGGAAUCCCUGUCAAUGACUGCUGGUCAAGGGCAGACUGCAGCAUCCCUUGAAAUGCAUGAUAUCGAGCAACUCCUUAUGGGGGAUGAAUGUGCUGCUGACAUGUCGGGCUGUGAUUGGCCCAGUAGUGUUGGAAACCCUGGGCUAGGGGGAACUGGCCCUGGAGGGAUCACAGAAGGUGGAGGGGUUGGAGGAAUACAGGGUCACGGAGCAGUAACAGAAGCUGCUGUAGGAGUAACUGAUGGAGCAGUAGCAACGCCUCUGGGUGAAACAUCUACGGCUGGGGAUGUGGCAGAUGUGAGUGCAGUGGGGCAUCUACUCUUUGAUGACUCGUCAGCUAUGCAGCAGCUGAGCGCUGAUUGGCUGACUGAUUUCCAGAGGAGCAAUUACGCUGUGUUUACCCCUGACACUGGGGCUGCCCUGGUGCCUGGGGCAACGGCUGCAGCACAGCAAGCACUUGGGGCGGCCAAGGGCAGGCAACCCAGUCAGGAUGGGUCUAGAGCUGUAGGAGAAUACCACUGGGGACAGGGCUACGUGCCUUGA